GUUCCGGCAAAAAUACCCACCACCUGUGUGUGCUCAGCGAGUAGCUCCACUUUCCCCCGCGUCGAAACCCCCCUGCUUCCGAUUCUCCUCCGACACGACGCCCGAUCCCAUAUCCUUUCCCUCGAAUCAUCGAUCCAACGCAGACUCCAAGCGCGAUAGGGCGCUCCUUCCGUCGUCGCUCCAGGCUGUUAGGGCUCGUACUCUUCUUCCUCUUCGAGCUACGGUUGAAUUGGUCCAAGAUAUAUAGGGUUUGGGGUCGGGUCGAUGAAGGAUUCCGGAGCUGUGCAGCGGAGUGUGCAGGGGCCGGGCGCAGGCGAAUCCGGUGGUCCAGGCUGAGCGGCCGAGCACCAGGCGGAGUCGGGCGGCGAGGAACCAGCAGCCGGUGGGCCAGAACCCGCCGGCGACGAGGUCCCCCGAGCGGAGGGAGGAGAUUGGUUUAGUAGAGGACUGCGGCGAGGUUAGAGGUUUGGGUGGGGAGGAGAAACUGGAAGAGGUCGGGGAGAGGAAGAUGAAUGACUACGAUCGUGGGGCGACGAGCCCAGAUAAGCUCCCUGGUGGGGAGGACGAGACGAGCACGGCCCCUCUCCCAGAAAAGGUUCAAGUCAGCAAUUCACCAGUAUACAAAGUUGAAAGGAAGCUAGGCAAAGGAGGAUUUGGGCAAGUUUAUGUUGGUCGCCAUAUUUCACCUACCAAUGCAAAUGAUACGACUACUGGUUCUAAUGCCGUAGCAUUAAAGUUUGAACAUAGGAACAGUAAGGGAUGUAAUUAUGGUCCACCUUAUGAAUGGCAGGUUUACAACACUCUUGGUGGUAUACAUGGGAUGCCACGAGUCCAUUACAAGGGCCGCCAAGGGGACUAUUAUGUUAUGAUUAUGGAUAUGCUGGGACCUAGUCUAUGGGAUGUCUGGAAUAACAACUCACAUACAAUGUCCGUGGAAAUGGUUGCAUGUAUUGCCAUUGAAGCACUCUCCAUAUUGGAGAAGAUGCAUUCAAAAGGUUAUGUGCAUGGGGAUGUGAAACCUGAGAAUUUCUUGCUUGGGCCUCCUGGAACUUCUGAAGAGAAGAAACUCUUUCUUGUUGAUCUUGAGUUAGCAACUAAGUGGAAAGACAGUUCGACAAGUCUGCAUAUUGAAUAUGAUCAACGGCCAGAUGUUUUCAGGGGGACAGUGCGCUAUGCUAGUGUUCAUGCUCACCUUGGGAGGACGGCAAGCCGGAGAGAUGAUAUAGAAUCCCUUGCUUAUACUCUAGUCUUUCUACUCCGCGGUUGUCUACCUUGGCAAGGGUAUCAGGGAGAAAACAAAGGUUUCCACGUCUGCAAGAAGAAGAUGGCUACAUCUUCAGAGGCUCUUUGUUGCUUUUGCCCGCUACCGUUCAAACAAUUUGUUGAGUAUGUGGUGAAUUUGAAAUUUGAUGAAGAACCUAACUAUGCAAAGUGCAUCUCUCUUUUUGAUGGCAUAGUAGGUCCUAGUCCAGAUAUUAGGCCAAUCAACACUGAUGGAGCUCAAAAGGUGGGUCAAAAGAGAGGCCGUCUAAUGAUGGAUGAAGAGGAUGAUGAGCAAUCAAAAAAGAAGAUUCGGAUGGGAAUGCCUGCUACACAGUGGAUCAGUGUUUAUAAUGCAUGAAGACCCAUGAAGCAAAGGUACCACUACAAUGUUGCUGAUGUGAGACUUGCACAACAUAUUGAGAAAGGAAAUGAAGACGGUUUAUUCAUCAGUUGUGUAGCAUCUUGUUCAAAUCUUUGGGCCCUGAUUAUGGAUGCAGGCACUGGGUUUACCGCUCAGGUUUAUGAACUAUCUGCAAAUUUUCUCCAUAAAGAAUGGAUAAUGGAACAAUGGGAGAAAGAUUAUUAUAUUUCUGCACUAGCAGGUGCAAAUAAUGGUAGCUCCUUGGUCAUAAUGUCCAAAGGUACACCAUAUUCACAACAAUCUUACAAAGUUAGCGAAUCAUUUCCUUUCAAGUGGAUAAACAAAAAAUGGCGGGGGUUUUAUGUCACUGCAAUGGCAACAGCUGGAAUUAGAUGGGCUGUUGUCAUGUCUCGUAAUGCGGGCUUCUCAGAUUAGGUUGUUGAAAUUGACUUCCUUUACCCUUGCGAAGGCAUUCAUCGAAGAUGGGAUAAUGGUUAUCGUAUAACUGCAACUGCUGCAACAUGGGACCAAGCUGCCUUUGUACUUAGUGUUCCUCGAAGAAAACCAGUAGAUGAAACACAAGAGACACUUAGAACAUCUGCUUUUCCUAGUCAGCAUGUGAAGGAGAAGUGGGCCAAAAAUCUUUAUAUUGCAUCUGUUUGUUAUGGUCGCACAGUUUCAUGAAGUUGUCUAUCUUCUGUUGGAAUACUCAGGACUUUGCUCAGAGAACAGCUAUAUCACAUUGUUUUCCUGAGGCUAUGAUGCUGUUAGGCAUACGCUAAGGCACCUUUUAUCUCUGGUAUUGGUGACAGCUAACACAUUGGUGCCACAUCAAUGUCACAUUAUGAAGUUGCCCUUGCUGAGCUAUCAAAAUAGAUUUGAUGGUGGGCAUUAGUUAUUUUAAGCUUGUAUAGUUGAUAAAUGUUCUCUUGGUGAGUACUUUUAGCUUUACUAGAAAGUUAACCAUCUACUAAACGUGACCAUUUACUAUAAGAUUUUGUGCUUCUUUUGGUUUGCUUUCUUAGUGUUUAUUAUUUUUGGUUGGCUAUAUAUAUUUUUGAAUUGGGUAUAUGAAAUAAGAUACUCUCAUGUCAACAUAGACUGUUCUUAGAAGUGUUAUCAAAGACAUCCUAAAAUUUGGUUUUUCUCUAAAGUCGUGUAUCAGAGAUCAAAUGACAUGUACUAUAGUUCAAAUUUGAAAAUCUUGACAUGCUUAUCUGGAAAUUUCAUGGUUUUCAUUUUCUUACGAUAGCUUCUUUUUCUGUACAAGUUCUUUGGUGCCCUAAUAUGAGUGAGUGAUGGUUUAUCAACUGUUGCUUGUCUAUCUUAUAUGGUUACAAAUGUGCAUCACAUGUUGGAGUCAAUUCGCAUGUUUUCCAUUCAGUGGGACAAAUUUUAAUAUGCGGGAUAUAGUUUCAACUUUCAAGUGAUUAGAUGUAACUUGGAGGAGUUGCAGGCUGAAGUAUCUGCUUUCCGUUUUGCCGGUUCUAGAUUACAACUUUUUGAACCCCUAAGGUCCAGCUGUGAUAUCCAAAGCAAUUUGUUCUUUCAUUUGGUGUGAUUAGUAUCUUCAGUCUUCAAUGUUGAGUGCAUUAUAAAUUAGUUUAUCAGUAUCCAAAAUCAUGUACAAGCUGCAGGUCUUUUGAGGUUAUGAAUAUUGGUUUUUGUGGUUAACUUAUGCAGGAGUUUCAGAGUUAAUAUGCUGUGAAACAGUUAUUGCUUAUCCUGAUAUUUAUAUCUUUACUUGAAGCAUGCAUUAGUACCAUGUUACCAUUGUUUUUCUGGAUACUAUUAGGAGAUUAUUGUUACCAACAUAUUUGAAUUUUGGACAUUCUUGUAAAUGAAAAAUUAGGGUCAGCUGUUGAAGAUUUAGAUGCAUACAGCAAGGCUUUUUUGAACGAUAUGAUUUUCUAACUUGUUAAAUUAUUCCUACAUGUUACCUUUGUCUUGUCAAAAUUUAAUUGCUGAACUUUUGCAUAUUUUUGUAUGCUUGUUGUUAUGACAUUCGUUUGGUUGUAUUUCUUUUGCUCUUAGCCGAAUACUUAAGUUGGCGGCUGAAAAGACAGCAUAUGUAAUUGUAUAACUUUGUCAUUGAAAUCAUUUUCUGAUUAUUAUUUUGAGUUCCUCAUGUACUAGCGUAAUGUCUCAUUUUCCUCUCUAAUGAAUUGAUUGAAUAUUCACCAUCACUCAUGCUUUUCUUUUUCCUGCAUUUAUGGCUUGUUUUGAACAAGUUGGAUUCCAGAAAAUGGAACUUCUAAUUUUCAUGUUGGAAUUAUAUGUGAGCAGAUAGUUAAGCUGGAAAAAUAGUGAUAUGUGGCAUCUAAAUGCUAAUCCUGUCUUAUGCAGUCUCAGUUGGAUGGAAUUCAUUUACUUAAGGCGUAUUAUAGCUUUAUGCCUAAAAUGUUCCCUUUUUUGAUAGAAUAGCUUAUUCUCCACCUUUUUCUUUUAACAGCACAUGAUUCUCCUCGUGGCAUAGAACCUGAAUCAAGAGUUGUCAGAAAAUCAAGUCAGAUUUGACCGAGGCACUUGGGACAUGUUGGGGUGGCUGACCCUACCCAAGUUGGCCCGAAUGAGUCAGCAGUUCUUGUUGCACAAAACUGGCCUGUGUGUGUGUGUAUAUAUAUAUAUAUAUAUAUAUAUAUAUAUAUAUAUAUAUAUAUAUAUAUAUAUAUAUAUAUAUAUGUUUGGUCAAACAAUUGAGGUCUAGUUGACAGGCUAAGACAAGUAGUUCUGCUUUAUUUUUAGAAUUAAGAUUUGGUUGUCUGGUACACUACCAGCAAGGAAGCAUGUGACUGACCUGAACUUGAUGCAACAUGCCAACUGGACACAAUUUCAGUUUUUUAAUGGUCCCAAAAGGGUUAGAGUAGCCGUCACAAGUUAUUGUUGCCUUUCACUGAUAGAUCUUAUUUAUGACCAACAUUGGUAUCUCAAAAUGAUGACACUGGUUGAAAGCAACAUUGGUACAAGACAAAAUUGAAAAAGAAUGAUUCUAUUCCUAAACAGUUGUAUGGGUGAACAUUUGCUCCAUUCAUGGAGCAAAUGAAUUAAGGACACGUGAUAAAAGCCAUUUAUAGUUUAUCUUUAUCCUGGAGGUAUAGAUACUAAGAAAACCAUCAUCCAAGCUUUGAAUCUUUUUGUUUUGUAGGUACACUAUGACGUGAAGGACUGAAAAAAAAGUGUAACUUGGAUAUCAUGGUAAAUCUGUAUUUUUAGUGUAUUGCCUUCAAGAAUAUAGAGUUAGUAAUGUCUCAAUCCUCAAACACACACUAAAAUGCAGUAAUUAUUGAGGAUGUACUCAAUGCAUGCACAGUUUUAUUUAGAGAGAGAAUUUUUAUGAAACAAAUCCUGGUCUCCAAAAGAGCAACCUUACUAUUGUUCCAAGUCUGUCCUCAAAUGCAGCAAUUGUUCCCAGAUAUAGAAGGUCUGAUUUCACUUCAUCUUUGGAAUGUGAGCGAAAGCUGAACAUCUAAGUGUGACAAAUUGAGAUUUUCUGAACUAAGUUGUCUAUUCUUGUGCCAUGUAAGGCUCCUAGAUUCCUCUGAUUAGACUGAUUCCUAUGAGUUAUUAGACUGUGUUUGAAUGCUUUUAAAGUAGGAUGGGGUAUAACUAGAAGUUAAUCACUAUGGUCAUGUUCUUGUAGGCUACCACGAGUUUUUUCCCCUCCUCUUCUGGAGAUGUUCAUCAGUUAGCUAUUCAAUGGUUUUUGUAUUAUUGCAAGCUAUUGGGAUAUGUCUACACUUAAUUCAACACAAAAUAUACUGUAGAAGAAACAGCACAAAAAAGUUGUCUUUUCUUCUUUGCUCUUAUACAACAGUUUUUUUAGGCUGCAUUUUCUGUAUGUUUGGACUAUAUAGUCUUCUCAGUCAAGGAUGAUGAGAAUCCUUUAUAUGAUUUUCUAACUUGUCAUAUGACUUCAGAUAUUUGGUUGUGCAACUCAAUAUGUAACGGGCAUUCAAAUUCUCUCUUUUCUUUACUCUUGCAUCUGUUCUUGAUUCUGCAUUAUCAAUCUUUCUCCAUUUAUCCAACAACUUGGUGUUUUUUUGCUCUUUUCAAUGUAGCAUAAGUUGCUUCAUCAUCCAUUAAAGAAUUCGAGGGCUUCAUCUCAACAGCUCUGAAAAUCUGAUAAGUGGGCGCCUAAAGUUGUUUGCAAAGAUACUUGAGUUUUUUUUUUUGGUUAAUCUUCCUAAAAUCAUUUUGUUCUACUAUGAUGUUGUACAGAUGACUGUUGACAUAGUAAACUUAAUUGUAAGGAUGCUGAUACUGUUUCCAGGAUCUGUUUUGGAAUCAAAUCAGGAUAUAGAUUCAUGGUUCAGCACAAAGGAUUUGGUGCCAGGUAUGACUAGUCUGUUGCUACUUCUGAACAUUUCUUGAACUUUUAAUUGAGGACGAAGUUUCAUGUAUUGGUAUCCAUGAAUUCCACCCAUAAUUUCUGACUUUAUUGUCUGGUGCUUCUAAUGUUCAUCUGUUUGGAAUAUUUCAUAACGAAUUAGUUAAACUUCGCCUGAGUUUACAUUC